GAUGAUUGGGUCGUUACCUACCCUCUGAUGUCAUCAAUGUGCGACUUUACAAGUAGUUUUCGAACAGGGGAAGCUAACAUUCGUGUGAAAGGUAUGCCAAUGUGAUCAUGGCCAGCAGGCAGUGGUGUGAGGGUCACUCCACCCCAGUGCUGUGUGUGGGGGCCUCUGGGGGUCCGGAGGGUCUCCUAGCCUCUGGCUCAGAGGAGGGUGAGGUAACAGUGUGGAACCAGGAGGGAACGGUGUUAGCUAGUCUCCGUCUGCCCAGCGGGGAUGAUGUGACCAGCGCUGUGUUCUCGCCGGCGGCUCCAGGCCUGUUGUAUGUGUCCCACGGGGAGACGGUGAGCGUAUUGGACCCUAGGAGCCUAAAGGGGGCGGUAGAGGAGCUACAGGGUGCGGGAGAGGAGGAGAUCAACUCUCUGGCUCUGAAUGAGACAGGCUCAGCUCUGGCUGUGGCUGAUGACUCAGGGGUGGUGAGGGUGCUAGGGCUGCCGGGGGGUCAAGUAAACAGGACGCUCCGCAGACACACCAACAUCGUCUCAUCUGUGGCUUUCCGCCCUCUCAGGCCCAACAACUUGGUCUCAGCCGGGCUCGACAUGCAGGUGAUGUUGUGGAGCCUACAGAAGACACGCCCCGUCUGGACCCUCAACCUGCAGGAAGUGGCUGAGGAAGAGGAGCGCCAUCAGCACAAAGCCGGUCAGCUCUUCAACCCACCUCUGGCCCACUGCGUCUCUGUAGCAACCUGCGGGAACGUUUUGGCCUGCGCCGCCGAGGACGGACGUGUGCACCUGAUGCGGGUCGGCAGUGGCUCCAAACUGGACCGACAGGGGGCCAUCAAGGCCCACAGCCAGGGAGCCUCGCAGGCCCACUUCCUCAGCUUCUUACCCCACCCAUACUGGCUGGCUACUGGGGGCAACGACGGCAUGGUGGCCCUCUGGGACCUCAGUCAGAACCCGGUAGUUACUGUUGAGGAUAAGGGCAAGCCACAGGCAGCGCCAGUCCACCGCAGGAGACCCAAUGCCAGGGCUAAAGCCAAACUCCAGGCCCAGGCCAAGCCCCAGCAGGCAAAAGAGGAGACUAAGAAGGAGAGGGAGGAGGUGGAGGAGGGCAGCAGUGUAGAUCAGUCACCAGGCACAGAGGAGGCCCUGAAGUCAGGACCUAAACUCAGCUUCAGCCAUGGGGACAAGGUGAACUGGGUGUGUCCCACUCUGCUGAGAGGGGAGCCCAGCCUGGUGGUGGCUGACCAGAGCCCUAACCUGUCUGUCUACUCUUUGGCCGGUCUAUAGACCUAACCUGUCUGUCUACUCUCUGGCUGGUCUAUUGACCUAACCUGUCUGGUUAUUCUCUGGCUGGUCUAUAGACCUAACCUGUCUGUCUACUCUCUGGCCGGUCUAUAGACCAGACCUGUCUGUCUACUCUCUGGCUGGUCUAUAGACCUAACCUGUCUGUCUAAUGUCUGGCUGGUGUAUUGACCUAACCUGUCUGUCUACUCUCUGGCUGGUCUAUAGACCUAACCUGUCUGUCUACUCUUUGGCUGGUCUAUAGACCUAAUCUGUCUGUCUACUCUCUGGCCGGUCUAUAGACCAGACCUGUCUGUCUACUCUCUGGCUGGUCUAUAGACCUAACCUGUCUGUCUACUCUUUGGCCGGUCUAUAGACCUAACCUGUCUGUCUACUCUCUGGCUGGUCUAUAGACCUAACCUGUCUGUCUACUCUCUGGCUGUAGCAAUAUACAAACUGCCUUACCUUGUAUUACUUAGAAGUUUAAGGGGCCCUCCUUCCUCUGAGUUUUGCUCACUGAGCGAUAGUAUCAUCAGCCUGUCUGUGUAUUAAGACUGGCAGACAUAACCUUCUUUAACCAGAGGCAUCCACCUAAAGGAGGACUGAACCAUGUCUUUAUCAGCAGGGUUCUCCCCUUCAAAGACUGAAACACUGAUAGGACUGCACCAUGACAAACCAGGGGGGUGAAGACAGACCAUCUGAUAGGACUGCACCAUGACAAACCAGGGGGGGUGAAGACAGGUCCAUCUGAUAGGACUGCACCAUGACAAACCAGGGGGGGGUGAAGACAGGUCCAUCUCAUAGGACUGCACCAUGACAAACCA